UAACACUCUUCCAUGAUAAUUUCUGUGUGCGCCUCUCCAGGAAUGAACUACAGGCCUAUGCUGUAAUUAAUUCAAUACAUUUGUGUUAUAGUCGACUACGUCUACUGCCGUAAACUGUAUUAGUUUAGUGCUACAAGCCGACUGAAGUGUCUUUGGUGCAAACACCUAAUCAAAAGUGCAACAAUCAUGAACGAUACAGAAUCCUCAACGAGGAAGCAUGGAAAUGCUCGUGACAUCCACGCACCUAAAAAUGAAGAUGCAUAUGAGAUCUCCAUCCCGUUUGAAGAGAACAACUUUGAGCAACCUGCCAGCUUUUACAAUCAGGCUGAACAGAGCUUUGAAGGCGGUUCAGACAUCCCUGGUGCGGCGCCGGGCAGCUCCUACCUGCUGAUCACCAACCUGCGUACGCAGCUGCAGAUCUCGCUGGAGAAGAACUCCUGGCUGAGCAAGCGCAUCGAGGACCUGGUGGAGGAGAGGGACUUCCUGCGCUGCCAGCUCGCACGCUUCAUAUCCUCCACCAGCCCCUCCACACACGACAGCAACGGCAAUGACAGUAGGAGUUUUUCGUGGAAGCGGCGUCGAGACAGUGGGCAAGACCAGCAGUCUGACAGCCAACCUUCUGCCACCCGCCAAUCAUUCCAGCAGAGGUCCGCCCCCCAGCCCUCGCCCAAUGCCAAGUCCAAGGCUAGCACAGCAGCCAAUAACCACAUGAGCUCAAUGUUCGGCUCCUCCUCUCCACCCGCUAACAACCGAACUAUGAACGACCUAUCAGAUGUGGAAGAGGAGUUCCUGGACGAUAACUACCUGGAUGAGGAUGAGGAGGACAUGAUGAUGCCUGAUGUGGACGCCAUGGGGGUGCGAGGCAUGGCGGGUAGCCGUGGCAACAGCGGCAUGAAGAGGAGACGUGUGUUCCACAUCUCCCGCGGCAGGGAGAGGCAAAGAGUGAAAGACCCUACGGGAGUGCUGUUCCGCUACAAGAAGAUCCUGGUGACGUUCCAGCGGCUGAAGAACAUGUCUAAGGCCUUCCAGAUCCACGGGGUGGACCGCAACACUGUGGCCUCCACCACCCCCAUCGCAGAACUACUGCUGGUCGCACCAGAGAAGGUGGCGGAGGUGGGGGAGUUUGACCCGUCCAAGGAGAAGCUUCUGGACUACGCUCGGCGCUGCCACAUCGCCCUGGACCCCCAGACCCUCAGCAAGGUGCAGGCCCUCAAGAAGAACAACCUGCUGCUGCCCAUCUCCUACAGGUUGAAAGGCACAGGUCCGCCGCGGUAGUGGCGCCCGACCCUCCCCCUGAAUCCUACUGUACCCAUCCUGCUGUACUCUGUUGCAUCACACUGUAUUCUGAUGUACCGUACCCUCACGCACCUCUCCACUCAUGCUCUCUCCACCACACCGGUGACACAACAUGACAUGGCACGACACACCCCCACAGCCGCACAGCACAGGACGCCAGCUGGCACACAACCCCUGUGGACUGUGAUGUUCUCUCCACAUCGUUGUGUGUGUGUGUUGUAUUUAUGUGUGUAUUCUCAGCUGAAGCACGCUCUCUCUCCCAUUCCGUCCGUAGCUCAGUGACAGUGUGUCUGUGCCCGUGUCUGUUCUGUCUGUGUGCCCUCUGGAACACACACACAGGGGUUCUAGAACCCUGGUUGUCAUGGUGACCGAAGGGGUAGAACCGUAGGGAUAGAACCUGAAGGCCUUUUGGAACAGAGUGGCUGGUCUGUUGUUGCAUUUGGUGGAUAGACUGCCUAGUGUUUAUCGUACCUAUUCUUGAGACAGUAACAAGCUUAAUUUUUUCGAAUGUAUUGUCUUGAUGUCUCAAAGGAAGUUUCUUUUUUUAUUAUUAUUUUCAUUGUUUGUUUAUUUUAUAGAAUUUUA